ACAGCUACAGAGAAGUUGUACAUUUGCUCUGAGUAAUUUGCGUUGCAAAUACUGUCAAUUGAUAGCGUACGGUUUAUUAAGGCUUACUCUGAUAAACUAACUUCACUUACAGUAAAUUUCAGUAUUUAUUGUAGGUUUAUUUAACAUUUCUCAUCUUUAAGUGUACGAAAAUUAAACUAUCAUGUUGUUUACCGUACUCGGACUCAUCGCUCUCUUCCUCGGAGAGAGAAACACCAACGCCACUGUUGGUGUUGAAGUUCAAGAAGAGGACCAACAUGAUGUGCCACCCUUGAGGAGCAGUGACGGUCAAGAAAUCGAUGAUUGGUGUAAAGAACCAUCACUGGUAGAGCCUGACAGUGUUCGCAGUGAAGAGCCAUCGCUGGUAGAGCCUGACAGUGUUCACAGUGAGCAACCAUCGCUGGUAGAGCCUGACAGUGUUCACAGUGAGCAAACAUCACUGGUAGAGCCUGACAGUGUUCACAGUGAAGAACCAUCACUGGUAGAGUCUGUCAGUAUUCACAGUGAAGAACCAUCACUGGUAGAGCCUGACAGUGUUCACAGUGAGCAACCAUCACUGGUAGAGCCUGACAGUGUUCACAGUGAGCAACCAUCACUGGUAGAGCCUGACAGUGUUCACAGUGAAGAAUUUUUCUCUGCUGAGUCUGGCUGUGGGGAUGAUGAUCCUUCAUUUGAUUUCUCUGAUGAGCCCGGCUCCCACGCCGUUCAAGAUGCAACCUGUCAGACAGAAGACAAAGAGACACAAAUCAUUGAGAUCAAUUCACAAGGCUAUGAAAUUGGCGCUGAGCUGGAUAAAGGAGGCUGUGGAACCGUUUACGAAGGGUCCCGAUUAGAAGAUGGCCUUCAAGUGGCAGUAAAAGUGUCCGAUUUUAAGAAGAAGCAAUUGAUCAGUGUUGAUGGGUUUGAUGAACCACUUCCACUGGAGAUUGCUCUGCACUUUCUGGCCAAUAAAGGCCCCAAGGUCAAGGAAAUUAUCGAGCUUCUGGACUGGAAGGUUGAGGCUGAUCACUACUUUAUGGUGCUAGAGCGGCCCAUACCCUGCGUGAGCUUGUUCGAUUUCCAAAAUGAGCACAGAGGCAUCAUUCCAGAGGACAAGUUACGGAAAAUCAUGCUCCAGACAAUAAUUGCAGCCCAAACAUGCUGUCAGCGUGGAGUUUUUCACCGCGAUAUUAAGCUGGAGAACUUGCUAAUUAACCCGGACACCCUUGAGGUCAAACUGAUUGACUUCGGGUGCGGUGACCUCCUUACUGAGGACAUUUACAAAACCUUUAGAGGCACCAGAGAGUUCGCCCCUCCUGAGUUUUGGAUGAUUGGCAGAUACCGUGGGGAGCCAGCGACAGUCUGGUCACUUGGAGUUGUUCUGUUUGUGCUGAUUUUCAAAAGAUUUCCAGAAAAACUAGACAUUCCCAAAAUGAAUAACAAAAACAUGCCAAUUAAUGGCUUGUCGAAAGAAUGCUGCGAUUUCUUCCACGGCUGUCUGCAGCUGAACCAAAUGGAUCGACUUGACCUGCAAAAGCUCAAUUCCCAUGAGUGGUUUAAGAUGGAGGACAAGGAGGAAUGAGUAGAAAUAUCCUAAUUUAAUGGGUAGAUCUAGUCAUUCCAGCCACACCAUAGUCCUAUAACUGAAAGCUGUUAAAUUCCAUGUAAAAAAAAAAAAAAAAAGAUAAA